AUGUGGCGCCAAUUCCAGACUUUCGGGAUAGCCCUUGCGGCUGUUCCCCUCAGCCACGCGUUGUCGCCGCGCACGGAUAUCAAUGAUACCUAUGACUUUGUUGUUGUCGGUGGUGGUCAGGCUGGUCUCGUUCUUGGUGGUCGUCUGUCCGAGGAUACCAAUCACACUGUCCUGGUGCUUGAAUCUGGUGGUAAUGGCGAUGAGUAUCGUGAGCGUAUUGAUACCCCUGCGUAUUCGUACUUUGAUUCUCUCUGGACGACUCCCUUGAAUUGGAUGUUCUACACCAAUCCCCAGCCUAAUGCUUACAAUCGUGAAAUCUACUGGCCUCGUGGCAAGGUCCUUGGGGGGAGUUCCGCCAUCAACGGGCUGUACAUGACCCGACCCGGCAAAGAGGAAAUCAACGCCUGGAAGGAUAUGCUCGGCGACAUGGCUGGUGCUGAGAACUGGUCCUGGGACUCGUUCUAUGCCGCCAUGAAGAAAAGUGAAACUUUCGUGCCUCCAACCGACGAUGUGGCCAAAGAGGCAGGCAUUACAUGGAAUGCCUCGACACACGGCACUGACGGACCUAUCCGUAUGGGUUAUCCUGGCUUCACAUUCCCCGAAGUCGGCUAUUGGUCGACAUCGUUAGACAACAUGGGCAUUGCUAUUUCCGAGAAUAUGUACGGUGGUGACACCUUCGGUGCCGAGGUCUCAACUUCCUGCAUCAAUCCAUCGAACUGGACCCGGUCCUACAGUCGUUCUGGUUAUCUCGACCCGCUGCCUGAUAGGCGUAACUACGAUGUUCUGGCCAACGCCCAUGUUACACGCCUUGUCUUUGACAAGUCUUCUUCUUCGGAUAAUCUCACUGCAAGAGCUGUCGAGUACACCAUGGACAAUGGAACGACGACAUUAUCGGUCAAGGUGAAGAAGGAAGUCAUCUUGGCUGGUGGUACUAUCGGCAGCCCUGCUGUCCUCCUCCACAGUGGUGUCGGACCGAAGGACGUUCUCUCUGGUGCAGGUGUAGACCUUGUAUCUGAACUCCCCGGUGUCGGACAGCACCUGCAAGAUCAUUUCAGUGCCACAAUUAAAUACAGCACAGAUGCAGACACAGCAGGCUCAAUCUACUACGACAACGGCGCGGAUAAGAACGCCACCCUCUUCAACUCAUACGUCGACUCAGCAAUCGCCUACGUAAACGCCACAGGCCUGUACGGCAGCAAAGUCAGCGACGAAGAAACAAGCAUCCUCUCCCAACUAAACACCUACAAACCAAACACAACCUACGACGCCGGCGUCAUAGCCGGCUACGAAACAAUCUACAACACAACCGCCAAAACAAUCUUCAACAGCCCAGUCGGCCAAAUCGAACUCCUCUUCAUGAACAGCGACAGCAACGGCGACAUCGGCAUCACAGCCGCCCUACAACACCCCUACAGCCAUGGUCGGAUCUACAUCAAUUCCUCAGACCCGAUGGAUUACCCGGUUAUCGAUCCGAAUUAUCUGGCUAAUCCAGCUGACCCCCAAAUCCUCCUCCAAGGCCUAAAACUAGCCCGCAAACUUGGCCAAACAACCCCCCUGGCAUCAAGCCUAACAAACGAAACCUCCCCGGGAACAGCAAUCCAAAGCGACGAAGACUGGCUCGACUGGCUCCGCAAGGAAGCAAGCACAGAAUUCCACCCGUCAUCUUCAUGCGCCAUGUUACCACGCGAGAAGGGCGGCGUGGUCGAUGCCAAGCUGCGCGUUUACGGACUUGCUAAUGUGCGCGUUGCGGAUGCCAGUGUUCCGCCUAUUGCGUUGUCGACGCAUCUUAUGGCGUCGACCUAUGGUGUUGCUGAGCUUGCUAGUGCGUUGAUUCGGGAUUAUUGGAAUGGGCUUGGUGAUGGGGAUGGGGAUGGCGGCAGGGGUGAGGUUAGUCCUGCUUUUAGUGCGCAGUCGAGUACUGUCUCUGCAGCUGCGGCGGCGCAGACGACGAAGAAGAAUGGGGGUGUGACAAUUGCUGGUGGUGGUUGGGCUGGUUUGAUGGUUGGGGGGUUGCAUGUUGUUUUUGGUAUGGGGCUUUUUGCCUAG